UCAGUUGUAGUUAAAAAAAAUACAAAAUGAGCGCCCUUUUCAAUUUCCAAAGUUUGUUGUCGGUGAUAUUGUUGCUCAUAUGCACUUGUGCUUACUUGCGGUCGCUCUUCCCCAGCAUUAUAGACCGGAACAAGACAGGAUUAUUGGGUACAUUUUGGAAACUAGCACGCAUUGGAGAACGUAAAUCACCUUGGAUUGGUGCCGCCUGUGUAAUAAUGGCAUUCACAGUCUUGUUCUGGAGCUAGAAUGAAAUUGUUAAUAAUAGACCAUAGUUCUCAGCCUUUAAGCUAGCUAAACUGAAAUUAUAAGAUUUUUGCAUUUCCUA